GUGGGUAUAAAAGGUAGCUUAUUUAGAACAGGUAGUGCCUUGUUCCUUAGACAGUUUAUGUUCUGAGAAGUUUAAGAUUAUGGAUUUACAUUUCAGAUGGGUGGUUUUGCUAUUUAUGCUUGUGGAUAAUUCUCUCACUGAUGACAUUAAAACACAGCACAUGGAUGACUUCAUUAAAGUAGUGGAGACCAUUGAGUUGGAGAACUACCUGCUUGACCCUUUGGCUGUGGUGAAGGGUCUUCGUAAAGCUGCAGGAGUGGAUACACCUUUUAUCCAGCAUUAUCUUGGUUACCUUAGUGAUGAUACAGAACCACAUCACCUGGUAAUAAAACCUGUGGACACUGGAUACAUCACCAAGGUUAUCAAACACAGGGUGACAGUGUUGGGUGUGGAGGAAGGAGUGGUCCUCACUGCAGAUGGAACCACUGUGGCCCUCAGCCCUCUACUCCUGGGAAUUGAGGCUGGUUUGCAAUCUACUCCCUUGGGCCAUGUGCGUGGCCUGUACCCCCUCACCUUGACUAAGAACCUGGGUCUCUCAUUCUUCCACCAUGCUCAAAGCAAACUGCCUGCCUCAUCAAGUCUGGGACCUGGCGGUUGCUGGGACAAUGUGACUGCUCCUCAGGUGUUCACCCUCUCUGGUGUAGCAUCCUUUGCUACGGAAGCUCUCAUAACUGGGGGUAUGGAUGGAGUGAUUGUAGGGAAGCAUGUCGCUGAGCGCACCAGUCGUCCACUCAGAUUGAGUGGACUACUGAAAGAGUACUACAACCAUCAGCUGGGUAUAGGAGGACUAGAUGCUGCACCUGCUCUAAUUAGCCAGCGCCGCAGAACAAGAUUCAGAAAGCUGGCCAAUCUCCCUUUACUAAAAAGGCAAAUAAGAAGGUUACUGGCUACAUAUCGAAGGUUGGAUAAAGACUGGAAAAAAGAGGUCAAACAAAAGGUGGAGAGGGCAAAGAUAGAAGAGAUUGUAAAUGAGGGGCUGAAGGAAUUUGUCCACAGCUAUAUGGACUGCCCAGCCAUCAUUCCACGGUGCAUGUGGGAAGCCAAGCCUUAUCGUGGCAUCCCCACCUUGCUGUCCCUGCCUCUGUCUUUCUUGUUCAUCCAUCACACCUAUGAGCCUUCCCAGCCAUGCCUAACUUUUUAUCAGUGCUCCCGAGACAUGAGGGCCAUGCAGCGUUUCCACCAGGAUGACCGUGGCUGGGAUGACAUCGGAUACAGUUUUGUGGCAGGCUCUGACGGGUACCUGUAUGAAGGGCGUGGCUGGCACUGGCAAGGUGCUCACACCAAGGGGUACAACUCGAAGGGUUACGGCGUGUCCUUCAUAGGGGACUACACCUCCAGUAUCCCGUCCCAGAGCACCAUGGACCUGGUGAGGCACCAGCUGGCAAAGUGUGCCACAGAUGGAGUGAAACUGGUCUCAGACUUUACUAUACAUGGACAUAGGCAGCUGGUCAGUACAUCCUGCCCUGGUGAUGCCCUGUACAACAAAAUCAAAGGAUGGACGCAGUUUGGGGUGAGAGAUGAAGUGACAGGUGUAAAAUUGUAA